CUGGUUGCAAUUGUUAAUAUUAGGUCAAAAGUCACUUUCAGCGCUGCAAUCCAAGAAAUCCAAAGAUGUGCCAAUAUCGUUCCUCUGAAUGUUUUCCACCGAACUACAGCGGAUACAACCGUUGGCAGUAUUCGUAUUCCUAAUGACACUCAAGUUAUUGGACACAUCAACCACGUCUUGGCUCGAUCACCUGUCUUUGAAAACCCGAAAGAGUUUAAGCCAGAGAGAUUUCUUAUGGAGGAUGGAGUGACUCCCAACAAAGUGAGAAACAGUAGAACAACUCUGUCCUUUCUCAAUUGGCAAACGACAAUGCGCAGGAGAAGCUCUAGCAAGAGUGGAGCUAUUUAUAGGCCUCAUAACUCUACUUCAAAACUACAAGGUCAGAUUUCCCAUUACAACAAGCAUGGACUAAACCCGCUAUUCCAGAUCGAACCCGCAAAAGGGCAUGAGGUAGACCUCGAACCAAUUUUUGCCGCAGUUUUGCUACCAAAGCCGCAACCUCUUCGACUCAUUCCACUGUCGUCUCACUAGUA